AUGGCUCAGUCAGGGGCAGAACUAUUCUCAACAUCUUGGACCUUGCAUCGGCUUUCGCCUCUGUAUCAUGGCCAGGACAGCAAAAGCUCGCUCCUGGAGGCGCCACAUUGUAUCCGCGCCUACGCCAAUCGGCUUCGCGAUACUCUCACAGGAAAUGUGCUAGGCGGAAUCGUACAGACUUCAACGCUCUCUCCCAGUAUAGGUGGGCUCGAUGAUAUCCUUGCUAGAGCCGGUGCGCUCAAGGAAUGCAAGUGGGCGAAUAUCCCGACCUGGAGUUACUGGAAUGAAGAGCAUUCUAUACUGGAAGAUCCAGAUCAGGAGGCUUCCUUGACGCUUACUCCGGAUCAAUCUGCUGGAAUUCUCAUCAACCUACAAUAUGAGAAUGCAGCUUAUAAGGCUGCCCUUCUGGCCGGUCCGGAUGGGUAUCGCCAUGAGGGAGAUGAGAGGCCAGAGGGCACCACAUUUCUACCGCUGCUAGUCACUCGAAUGCCCAACGCGCUGAGACAAUCUCUACUUUCCUUUUUAUCCGAGACCUUUGAUACUCGAAUUUCUGUUCUACGACUCCCGUCAAGCUUCUUAUGCAGCGCUUUUGAGAGAUACCUGGCUACGCUGAACCGGACUGCCAGUCGAACGAAGAAACACGCGGCGCACCAGACAGCGGCAUCAAAAGUGGAAUCACGCGCGUUCAUAGAGUCUAUCAUGAAAGAAGUGCAACUGACUCUCUCAUUUCCACCGCCGAUUUCUUCAGAUCUUAAGUCACUGGAUAUACAUAUUCCACGAGAUUCCCUCGGCGCUUUCUAUGACCAUGGCCUUGGGAGUCUUGAAGUUGAAAGUAAUAAGAAGUGCAUCGAGAGGGGUGUCCCUUCAGCACCGUUCUUAAAAGCUUUGUCGGAAUACUUCGAUCAUAAUCUUGCUAUGAAAUUGGAUCUAAGAGAGUUUACGGGACGAGAUAGCUCAUCAACAGGAGACUCCAAAGGCCAAAAUAUAAAGCUAACGAAGGUCUCCUGCGGCGCGUUCGUGCUUGGUUCGGAGGGCCGAAUUAAAUUUCUAGCUAAUCCGGGACGCACCAUCCUCCUGGAUGACUCCGACGAGGAAGAAGGCGAUGGUAUUGACGUUGAUGAAAGGGAGAAGCGGUUGGUAUGGAAAGCAAAUGAAGAGUUAUUGCGUCUUUUAAUUGCAAGGGCCACGGGACAGUGGAAGGAUAAUGAUCGUUGA